GAGGCUGUAGGUGUGUUUGAAGAUUUCACCAUAAAUCUCAAGAAAGUCGCAAAAGGCAAGGUCAGCAUGGAAGAGGUUAAGACACUAAGAAAAUCCAUCUUUGAGGUGGCAGAGGCCGUCGAGAAAUUUACUAUUAAUUAUGGCAAGCAACACCUGAGUGGAAUGAGGCCUUCAGAAAGGAUCGUUUUCCCAAACAUGGGUGAGGUGGCGGCCUUCAAUCCUGUUUAGUUUCAAAAUCUAUUGCUUUGUUACUUACUGAUUUGCUGACUGACCGACUGAGUAACAUAGUUUUCAAGAUAAAUCUCAGUUAUAGACCAAAAUUAUUAGAAACUUCAUUGUUGGAUGUCAUUGGUUCAUCUGCUCGUUUUUUAACUUUGACUUUUGCGGUGGAGAAGGAAAUAAAAGGUGGUUUGAAAUCAACAAGAGAGAAUAGGAAUCCUUCAAAAUUCUGAAACCCUUCGUCUUGCUCUGUUUAUAGAUUGGCGAGUAACACUUACUUACUGAAAUUGUCAAAUCUUACAAAUAAUGUCCCCUUACUUCAUACUAUGCACUGAGCUCAAAAUAAGUACAUCGUCUGCGAUGCAUAUAUAUGCAAGAUUUUUAACCGUACUCAUACAAACUCCCUAAUGAACUCUAUUGUUCUCCGACAAAACGCUUCGAGGAACGAAAUGAAUUUUCACAAUUUUAGUCCGUGCAGUACUACAUACUUUUUAAUCAGUUUUACAUGAAAAAUCAUUUUAAAAAUGAUUGAAUCCGUCGAAUAUUCGCUGAAGGGCAAAUAAAGUACAAACGGUACACGUCCACUCACUAAGAUUAUAAAACAUUUUGUGUACUUCGCAAAACUCAUGUUUUGUAGACGUGCUAUUGUUAAUUUCACCGUGGGUGCUUUUAUUUGUCAUUGAGUUGUUUUUCUGACAGUUUUGGCCAUUCAAAAAGCCUAUCGCCAGAAUGGGAGUUUCUUCCACUUUGAUGAACAACGAUGGCAAGCGUCAAUCGAUAUCGCUUCUACAAAUUUUGAGGAAAAUGGUUCGUAUUAACCGGCGUGUUAACUUUACAACUUUUAAUUACCUUAGUUUCUCCAAUCUGAAUUCCUGUAUUGAAAUAAAGCCCCAUAAAAAUGCGCUACAUUAGUUUACAUAGUCUAUUUUCUUGAAUUCUUUGCCUUCCUUCUAAAGUCACAUACCUCAGGCCCUGAUAAAAAUUUGAAUUUUGUGUUUUUGUUUUUUCUAACUUAUUUUUUGUUGAUUCUUGGGGGGUUUUAAGGAUCAUUGGUAGUGGCUUUUGUGUACAAGGAUCUGCAUGACCGACUUCUGACGGACCAACCCAUCAGGAAUGAAACAGUCAACAAAAGGUCAUGAUAUUUCCAUCUCCUUCAUGUCGCUUACCCCCCAAAACACAUAAUAUGGAAACAUAAGAUUAAAGUUCAACCAAACUGAGCUUAGAAACCUUUAAAAACCUCAUAUAGGGUUCGAAGUCUUCCUGUCUGUCUCAGACAAUUCCGUCUUCAUAAAAAAAAUCGCUUGAAUCUAGCAAGAGUAUAUGUUUGUUGAUUCCUCGAUUUUGGUUCAUUUUCAAAUAUAAUUUCUUCAUAGGUAUAUCAACUCCAGGAUAAUGGCCGUAACUAUGGACCCCAAGCCUAAUAAAUUGGCAGAAAAUGUCAUCCUUAAGUUCAAAAACCUAAAGGUAACAUUAAAAUUAGUUGCUACGCGCUAUUAUGAUUCAUUCUGACUAGAUAAAAUCUAUUUUCAGGUUUUGACAGCAGAGAAGCGCUGCAUGUUUUGGAGCGGCCUCAGCAAAAGGUAAAAAAUACCUCUUUAGUAUUUCUUCGUUCUAAAAUAAAAUUAAGUAUGGCAGAGUAUGAAUGAAAGUUCAUAGUCAGAUGUUUCCCGGAGGCUAACAUGUUGUCGUUUUUAGAGAGAGGAAGACUGACUCAAAUGUUCUCGCUGCGAAAACUACAAUGGAGGAAAAACCUAGUGCAAAUUGUCAAACAUCACCUCUUCCCUAGACGAUGAAUUAUUUUGUGUGCUUUGUUAAUUUAAUUUUUCAGGUCUGAGGGAUUUUCAGAGGAAGGAUGCCAUGUAUUUAAAUCAAAAAGCAACUCAGAAGAAACAGUUUGCAGCUGCAAUCAUUUGACGCAUUUUGCCGUCUUAAUGGACUACGACGGUAGCUUAAAGGUAAUCAAAUAAUGUUUGCCUUACUCUAUCAUUUUAUGGGCUCAAUUAACUACAUCAAUGUUCUCCUUUAAUUUUUUUCUUUUUUGACAUAGCUCACCAAGGAGGACGAAACAGUCCUGAAAGUUAUCACCUACGUGGGACUGAGCCUUUCCAUCGUCGGGAUACUUUUAACAUUAAUACUUUAUUAUUGCCUCACGUAUGUAAUGUACCUGAAUAUUGAUGACGUAGAUUCUCAUCUCCCCUCAACUAGGCUAGAGAGAAAAGAGAUCUCAAUGCAAAUCUCCAUGCCAAUAAGAAAAUACAUGUCGGCCGAAUAACUCACAAAUUCAAAGUAGAUUUCAUGCCCCAUUAAGAGCGCUUGAAAUGCUCAUGGUUUCACGGUUCAUGAAUUGUUUAGGGUUUAGCCAUUUUCCUCGAAAUGCUUUCCUUUUUUGGUCCUUUCUAGAGCUCUUCACUGUCUUUUUUUUUCCUUUGAUGUCAAGAUUUAGUUGAUAUCUUUAGCCACAUUUUGCUGUAUCUUUUGAUUAAAUUUUGUGGUUCUUGCUGUACUUACCUAUUAUUUCAUCAGAGAUGUUCGUCAACCUCUCUCUCAAAUUCGACUGAGUGUUUCUAUGUCCCUUGGAGCUGGACAGAUCAUCUUCCUCGCGGGAAUAAACGCCACAGAAAACAAAGUUAGUGGCCUCUCUUUCAUAUUCAUAGAAUGAAUCUACUCUUUGCACCAAAAAUAUCUUAUCUAAAGGAGCGCGAUAAGAAUACGAAAAAAUCUUUCUCUUCACAGGCUGCUUGUGUUACAAUAGCAGCUCUGAUGCAGUAUUUCUUGAUGGCCGCUUUCUGUUGGAUGCUGAUCGAGGCAAUUUAUCUCUACCUCUUCGUUGUGAAAGUUUGUAAUAUCAACGCCAAGAUGCACAUGUAUCACGUCCUCUCAUGGGGUAAGUUUAUUAUUUUACAACAUGCACAGGUAACUAUAACCAUGCAUCAGUGCUUUCGGAUCGCCAAAACCGGUGUUGUCAUCCAUUGCAGUGUUUGUAUUUCCUUUCUUUCUCUAUGGGUAGGUCUUCCAGUGAUCAUGGUGGCCAUUUCACUUGGCAUCGCUGCUGGGAAAGAAGGAUUACAAAGCUAUACAAGUGAUAAGUAGUGAGGAAAAAAUUCAACGGUUCCUUCUUUUACUUCAUUUCAUUACAUUCUUUCUUUUGUGUUUUUGUGUAUAGUUUUAAGUCAGUACCAUUUCAUUUGUUAAAAAUUUGUCUUUCUUUCCUGCCUUUCAUUUCUUCGAGUUUAGUUGCUGGCUUUCCUCGACUGACAACCUGACCUGGAUAUUCGUCGCCUUUGUGACUUUCAUUGAAGUUGUGAGUUUAUGAUUCGUGUUGGUGAUUAUGAUUGGUAUACUUGGACUAAUUGCUGCCAAAAGACCUUUUCCUCUGCUCUUUAAAAAGCGAAUUAAACCUUUAACUCCCAGGAGUGAUCAACAUGAAACUUCUCUCUGUAAUAGCCUUACAUUAUACAGGAAACAGCGAAUGAGAAUAUGUAAACUUAUCAGGUAAAAGUUGUUGCCUUGAUCUGACACCAAAUUCUCAUAACUAUUUAAAAAAAUAUUUGUAGCAGCUAGAGGGGAGAAUUACUAAUCAGAUCUUGGGAGUUAAAGGGAUAAAUAUAUAUGAUAUGACCCUACACAAUAUUUACCAUUUAUCUUUUGCUAUUUACUCACGAAAAACUUUGGACGGAGCUGCUGUUUACGGGGAUGGUUGUCAAUUUUAACCUACUGAUGGCCUUCAAUAGCGAGAAAAACCUUUGAGACAAUGUCUUCACAGGCAUAAAAUAGCUUCAUAAAUUCUCCAACUUUUACUUUAUAGCGUAAAAAAAAUCCUCACUGCCUCCAUAUUAACGUUCUCACACUGUUUCACAUUGAUAUACGUACCAAGAUGAUGUUUCGCGCAAAAAUCACUGAUUAAAAAAAAUUAAUAAAGAAAGACUUUAACAAAGAUGAAAUAGCAGGGAGAGUAGGAGAUAUUGAAUUUAUAUAAUUUAACAUGAGGCGUCACUUGGUAUGGUUCAUUCAGUUUAGACACUUUUGUUCGCAAUUUCUUUAGCCCAUUGUCAGAGAAUCGAAGCUCAUAAUUUAGGUCCCCUGGCUGGGAGUUCUAUUCCCUGCAAAUGACUCUUCAUUCCACUCUCCUUACCAAACUAAUGACGUCUUUGGAAAGGAUCCUUUCUUGCUUUUUCGACAAUCAUAUCUAAACAAUCAAUUUAUCCCUAUCGUAUUUUUAGCUCAACAUCUUGAUACUUGUAAGCGUUAUAAAGGAAAUGACCAAUUUGGUGCAGCCAACAGCGGAAGACAACAAUUUUCAGCAAGUACGGUAAGACCUGCAACAUAAAACUAAAACAAAAUAGUGGACGAGAUUGCCAUGUGCUCCUGUGAGGCGAUAAUCGCCUAACUUCCCCAUUCCUUAAUCAGGAAGGCAUUCCGAUAUCUAACAAUGAAAAUUAUUUGUCAAAUUAAAAUAAAAGAAUGUCUUUUCUUUCUUUGUUUUUAACUCCUAGACUUGGCAUCAAAGCAUGCGUGGUGAUAAAUCCCCUGCUGGGUAUCACGUGGUUAUUUGGUCUCCUUUUGCCUGUGCAUAAAGCUUUUGCCUACAUCUUCAACAUACUCAACUCUACUCAGGUGAGU